AUGACACCAACGCUUCGCCGCCCCACCAAGAAGACGCCCGGCCGCCCCAAGGCCAGGAAGCCUCGGACGUGCCACCGUUGCCACAAAACGCUGAGCAAGUCGACGAAGCUGAAGAACCAUCUUCUUCGGAGGACUGGGUGCGGGGCAAAAGCGGACGCUUUAAAAAAGAAGAAAAAGCAAGAGGCGAGUAGAUUUUCAAGCAAGGUCUAUUCGAUUAAACGCGAGUUAGACAAGGCGGGUUGGUGGGGGGAAAUCGAGGGCUACGAGGACGAGGAGACGAAGGAGUGUGACGGCGACGAAACCAUGGGCGGUGGUGAUACUGUGAAGGUAUGGCAGACUGCGCCUGAUAAUUUGCGGCGUGCGAAAGGUUUGGCGCGCCUAGAUUGGACGCAAGUCAUUGACUAG